CAUCUCUCUCACAUGUCCCGUUUUUUAAGGCUCUUCCUCACUGUUUGUUAUGUGGAAAGAGGAACGUUGAAUCAGGGUUUAGGCGACUACGGCGAACGCCGGUUAAUAUUGGGAGGGCCUCCUUGGUAGUGGCGUUCUUGAAGUGGUAAGGGGGCCGGGCUGGUUGUUUCCAGCCUGAGGAGGUGGCUGUUGUGGACGGUGAGCGAGUCGGGACUCUUUUUCGCGCUCCGACAAGGUGGGGAUUCUAAUUCCCAGGCGGGCUGGAGGGAGGUUUUCAAAAUGACAUCCUUGUUGACUUGUGGCAUGAAAAUCCUCCCUACCAUCAUUCCAUGGACAACCAGAUUCUCUUUGAGGUCUCUCAGCUGUUCAUCCCAGUUAUUUGCAACAGCUCAACCCAAAAGUAAGAAAACUCUAGCUAAAAAUGGGGUGAAGAAUAUUGUACUGGUGGAUGGUGUUCGCAUUCCAUUUUUGCAGUCUGGGACCUCGUAUACAGAUUUAAUGUCACAUGACUUGGCCAGAGCAGCACUGAUAGGCUUGCUGAAUCGGACUGACGUGCCAAAGGAAGCUGUUGAGUACAUCGUGUUUGGCACUGUUAUCCAGGAAGUGAAAACAGCUAAUGUUGCUAGAGAGGCUGCCUUGGGAGCUGGCUUCUCUGACAGAACUCCUGCUCACACUGUCAGCAUGGCUUGCAUAUCUUCCAACCAGGCAAUGACAACUGGAUUUGGCUUCUUGGCAUCUGGGCAGAUGGACGUGGUAGUUGCUGGUGGUGUUGAAAUGAUGUCAGAUAUUCCUAUCAGGCAUAGUCGGAAGAUGAGGAAGACUAUGCUUGGUCUUACAAGAGCAAAAACCUUAGGCCAGAGGUUGUCCCUGAUCUCCAAAAUCCGUCCUGAUUACUUUGCACCUGAGCUCCCUUCAGUGGCAGAAUUUUCCACCAACGAGAUCAUGGGUCAUUCAGCAGAUCGCCUGGCAGCUGCAUUUGCUAUUUCGCGUUUGGAGCAAGAUGAAUAUGCUCUCAGGUCACACAGUCUGGCCAAGAAAGCACAAGAUGAAGGACUUCUCACAGAUGUGGUAGCAUUCAAAGUCCCAGGGAAGGACACUGUCGUGAAGGAUAAUGGAAUCCGACCAUCUUCAUUGGAAGAAAUGGGUCGACUGAAAGCUUCUUUUAUCAAACCAUAUGGGACUGUAACAGCUGCCAACUCCUCUUUCCUGACUGAUGGAGCAUCAGCGGUACUCAUGAUGUCUGAAGAAAAGGCUUUGGCGAUGGGGUACAAACCAAAAGCCUAUCUCAGGGAUUUUGUAUAUGUAUCCCAGGACCCAAGGGAUCAGCUUCUGCUUGGGCCUGCCUAUGCUACUGCCAAACUUUUGGAAAGAGCUGGCCUAACAUUGGCAGACAUUGAUGUGUUUGAAUUUCAUGAAGCAUUUGCAGGACAAAUUUUAGCAAAUCUCAAAGCCAUGGAUUCAGAUUGGUUUGCCCAGAACUACAUGGGCAGAAAGUCAAAGAUUGGAGUUCCUCCUAUUGAAAAAUUUAAUAACUGGGGUGGAUCCCUGUCAUUAGGACACCCCUUUGGUGCUACUGGCUGCCGUUUAGUAGUCACAGCUGCCCACAGGUUGAAGAAGGAAGGGGGACAAUAUGGCUUAGUGGCUGCGUGUGCUGCUGGAGGACAGGGCCAUGCAAUGAUUGUUGAGUUCUAUCCACAGUAAGGAGGUGAAAAUCAGCAUGUGAUCUUCGAGACAACUAAUGUAGUAAUAAUGCUAAAAAAAAAUACCUCUGGGCUUUCCUAGAAAGGACUCUCAGUGGCUUUUGUUAAUAUUUUCUAGUGCCUUCAAAAUUUGUUUUACAGCAAACAGAUAAGGCCACACAAGUUUUAUCUGGAUAUUUAUGUCAAUAAAGUUUUUCUGCCACUUAACAAUAUGUAACUACUUUUUUCCUCCAUGGGAACAGUAUUGUAAGUAAGCAUGCUCUGUUCUGUAAAGUUGUCUGGUAGUGAGCAAUAAAGCAAUAUUUGCUAUGCAAAGAGAAUUGCUCUUAACAGUUUUGAAGCGAUUUGCAUGACAACAUGGCUCUGAGGUUUUUAAAAAAAGGAAAAGCCCUAGUAGAGAGAAAAUAAUUUACAAUGUUUGAUACAGUAUUUGUCUAACAUCAGCCUUAAUAAAUGAGAAAGAAGACUGGAA